UUGGCGGGGGCCGCGGGGGAGCGCGCCGGAGCUCCACAAUUACUCGCUCCAUCGCCAUGGAAACAGCCUCGAUGCAGCGGGCUGGAUUUGUGUAGCACAUCUGCUGCCAGGCUCAUAAUCAACCGCAACCUCAUCUUUCCUCCCUCUGCUCGCGUUGCUUAUUUGAUUGUGAGUUUGCUCUCUCUUUUCAGACAUGCUGGGAAAGUACACGCAGACAGAGCCGUGUACACGGUGACUUUCUCCCUGUGCAAACACGUCAGGACACACGUAUGUGUGUGCACACACCCCACGAGUACUCGCUUGUAUGCAUGCUAAGGAGGUGCGC